CUCGAAGCCGGAGUGGGAGACGCGCAGCAAGCAAGAGCAUCGUCGACAGCUGCGACACGACCUGUAAAGGGAAAAGAGGCCAAGAUGACUCAUCAGUACCCUGCCCUCACCGCUGAGCAGAAGAAGGAACUUUCGGAUAUUGCCCUGCGUAUUGUGGCUCCGGGCAAAGGCAUCCUAGCGGCUGAUGAAUCCGUAGGCAGCAUGGCCAAGCGCCUGAACCAGAUUGGGGUGGAGAACACAGAAGAGAACCGGCGGCUUUACCGGCAGCUCCUCUUCAGCGCUGACAGCCGAAUCCAGAACUGCAUUGGUGGCGUCAUCUUCUUCCACGAGACCAUGUACCAGAAGGCGGAUGAUGGCACGUCUUUUGUUGAUAUGAUCAAGGACAAAGGGAUCGUCGUGGGCAUCAAGGUGGACAAGGGCGUUGUGCCCCUCGCUGGAACCGAUGGAGAAACCACAACUCAAGGCUUGGAUGGGUUGUCGGAGCGCUGCGCUCAGUACAAGAAGGAUGGGGCUGACUUUGCCAAGUGGCGCUGUGUACUAAAGAUCAGCGAGAACACUCCCUCCUCCCUGGCCAUCAUGGAGAAUGCCAACGUGUUGGCGCGCUAUGCAAGCAUCUGUCAGCAGAAUGGCAUCGUGCCAAUUGUGGAGCCAGAGAUCUUGCCAGAUGGAGACCAUGACCUGAAGCGCUGCCAGUAUGUGACUGAGAAGGUUCUGGCUGCUGUGUAUAAAGCACUUAAUGACCAUCACAUCUACCUGGAGGGCACACUGCUGAAGCCCAACAUGGUGACACCUGGCCAUGCCUGCCCUACCAAAUACAGCCCUGAAGAGAUUGCCAUGGCAACAGUGACUGCUCUGCGUCGGACUGUACCACCUGCUGUUCCAGGUGUCACCUUCCUGUCUGGGGGCCAGAGCGAAGAAGAAGCCUCCAUAAAUCUCAAUGCCAUCAACAACUGCCCGUUGCCUCGGCCAUGGGCUCUGACCUUCUCCUAUGGCCGGGCCCUGCAAGCCUCAGCACUCAACGCCUGGCGUGGCCAGCGGGAGAAUGAGGACUUAGCUACCGAGGAGUUCAUCAAGCGGGCAGAGGUGAAUGGUUUGGCUGCUCUCGGCCAGUAUGAAGGCAGUGGGGACGAUUUUGGUUCAGCGGGGCAAUCUCUUUACAUUGCCAACCAUGCGUAUUGAGCUUUCCCCGGGACCAUCCCACGGAGAGACCCCCCACUCUGCUACCUUCCAUUCCAGUCACACCCAGCUUUUCGACUGUAGCUGCAACAGGAGCUAAGUAGCCAUGGAGUGCCCAGCACCAGAGGCGUGAUGCAUGAGUGGAAGAAGAGGAACCAGCUGCGUACCACUGUUUCUGGUGGAGUCUUGCUAUUGGGAAAUGAUCGCACAGGCUGAGUAGGUCACUAAGAGGCACCUGGAAGCUAGAAAAAGCACUAGGAAACUGCUAAGUAUUAUUUUAAUGUGAGGGCCAGCUGAAAGGGGCACUGGAGGCAGGGUUAGUCCCAUUGCGGGAGCUCUCCUAUACAAAUGGAGAGGAAGGUUUGGGAUGGCAGGAGCCCUGUCAUCUUGCCAGCACUCUGCCGUCUGUUCCCACCUGCCCACCUCCUGCAUCUCUCUUCCCCCUACAAGCCAUGUUUGGCUCUGCACAUGAGCGUGAGCUGUAGCUUUGCAGUACUGGUUUGCUUGCUCCCUGCCUGCCCCCCUCCCCAGCCACAUCCAAGUGCUGUGGGUAAGGCAGUAGCUGUGGGGUAGGGACUGGCCUGUGUGUGUGUAGCUGUGUGUUCUGUGAGAUCUGUGUGCACCUGAUGAUAUACUAACUA